ACCGAAUGGUCAGUCUGGAGCGAUUGUCCAGAAACUUGCAGUGAUGAGGACCUUAUCAGGACUAGAUCCUGCACAAAUCCUUCUCCUGAAAAUAACGGAACAGUUUGCCAAGGAAACACAUCGGAAACAAUUUCAUGUUACACUGCAAAUUGCCCAGUUAAUGGUGGAUGGACAGAAUGGUCAGUCUGGAGUGAUUGUCCAGAUACCUGCAGUGAUGAGGACCUUAUUAGGACUAGAUCCUGUACAAGUCCUUCUCCAGAAAAUAACGGAACAGUUUGUCAAGGAAACACUUCGGAAACAAUUUCAUGUGAUACUGCAAAAUGCCCAGUUAAUGGAGGAUGGACCGAAUGGUCAGUCUGGAGUGAUUGUCCAGAUACUUGCAGUGAUGAAGACCUUAUUAGGACUAGAUCCUGUACAAAUCCUUCUCCAGAAAAUAACGGAACAGUUUGUCAAGGACACACCUCGGAAACAAUUUCAUGUACUACAGCAAAAUGCCCAGUCAAUGGUGGUUGGACAGAAUGGUCAGUCUGGAGUGAUUGUCCAGAUACUUGCGGUGAUGAGGACCUUAUUAGGACUAGAUCCUGUACAAAUCCUUCUCCGGAAAAUAACGGAACAGUUUGUCAUGGAAGCAACACGGAAACAAUUUCAUGUUACACUGCAAAAUGUCCAGUGAAUGGUGGAUGGACCGAAUGGUCAGUCUGGAGUGAUUGUCCAGAUACUUGCAGUGAUGAGGACCUUUUUAGGACUAGAUCCUGUACAAAUCCUUCUCCGGAAAAUAACGGAACAGUUUGCCAAGGAAUCAACUCGGAAACAAUUUCAUGUUCUACAGCAAAAUGUCCAGUGAAUGGUGGAUGGACCGAAUGGUCAGUCUGGAGUGAUUGUCCAGAAACUUGCAGUGAUGAGGACCUUAUUAGGACUAGAUCCUGUACAAAUCCUUCUCCGGAAAAUAACGGAACAGUUUGCCAAGGAAACACCUCGGAAACAAUUUCAUGUUCUACAGCAAAAUGUCCAGUUAAUGGUGGAUGGACCGAAUGGUCAGUCUGGAGUGAUUGUCCAGAAACUUGCAGUAAUGAGGACCUUAUUAGGACUAGAUCCUGUACAAAUCCUUCUCCGGAAAAUAACGGAACAGUUUGCCAAGGAAUCAACUCGGAAACAAUUUCAUGUUCUACAGCAAAAUGUCCAGUUAAUGGUGGAUGGACCGAAUGGUCAGUCUGGAGUGAUUGUCCAGAUACUUGUAGUGAUGAGGACCUUAUUAGGACUAGAUCCUGUACAAAUCCUUCUCCGGAAAAUAACGGAACAGUUUGCCAAGGAAACACCUCGGAAAUAGUUUCAUGUUCUACAGCAAAAUGUCCAGUUAAUGGUGGAUGGACCGAAUGGUCAGUCUGGAGUGAUUGUCCAGAAACUUGCAGUGAUGAGGACCUCAUUAGGACUAGAUCCUGUACAAACCCUUCUCCGGAAAAUAACGGAACAGUUUGCCAAGGAAACACCUCGGAAACAAUUUCAUGUUCUACAGCAGAAUGUCCAGUUAAUGGUGGAUGGACCGAAUGGUCUGUCUGGAGUGAUUGUCCAGAAACUUGCAGUGAUGAGGACCUCAUUAGGACUAGAUCCUGUACAAACCCUUCUCCGGAAAAUAACGGAACAGUUUGCCAAGGAAACACCUCGGAAACAAUUUCAUGUUCUACAGCAGAAUGUCCAGUGAAUGGUGGAUGGACCGAAUGGUCAGUCUGGAGUGAUUGUCCAGAUACUUGCAGUGAUGAGGACCUUAUUAGGACUAGAUCCUGCACAAAUCCUUCUCCAGAAAAUAACGGAACAGUUUGCCAAGGAAACACAUCGGAAACAAUUUCAUGUUACACUGCAAAAUGUCCAGUGAAUGGAGGAUGGACAACUUGGACAUCAUGGACAAGCUGUCUGGAAACGUGUAAUGGUGAAACUUUAAAUCGUACCAGAUCCUGCUCAAAUCCAGCCUCUGAAAACAAUGGGACAGAAUGUCAAGGAAAUGAUAUAGAGUUCAUGUCGUGUCAAACAGCACAAUGUCCAGUAAAUGGAGGAUGGUCAACUUGGACAUUAUGGACAAGCUGCCCGGAAACGUGCGAUGAUGAAACUUUAAAUCGUACCAGAUCAUGCUCAAAUCCGGCUUCUGAGAACAAUGGAACAGAUUGUCAGGGAAAUUAUAUAGAGUUCAUGUCUUGUCAAGCAGCACAAUGUCCAGUGAAUGGAGGAUGGACAACUUGGACAUCAUGGACAAGCUGUCCGGAAACGUGCAAUGGUGAAACUUUAAAUCGUACCAGAUCCUGUUCAAAACCAGCAUCUGAAAACAAUGGGACAGAAUGUCAAGGAAAUGAUAUAGAGUUCAUUUCAUGUCAAACAGCACAAUGUCCAGUUAAUGGUGGAUGGACCGAAUGGUCUGUCUGGAGUGAUUGUCCAAAAACUUGCACGGAUGAGGACCUUAUUAGGACUAGAUCCUGCACAAAUCCUUCUCCAGAAAAUAACGGAACAGUUUGCCAAGGAAACACAUCGGAAACAAUUUCAUGUUACACUGCAAAAUGUCCAGUGAAUGGAGGGUGGACAACUUGGACAUCAUGGACAAGCUGUCCGGAAACGUGCAAUGGUGAAACUUUAAAUCGUACCAGAUCCUGCUCAAAUCCAGCCUCUGAAAACAAUGGGACAGAAUGUCAAGGAAAUGAUAUAGAGUUCAUGUCGUGUCAAACAGCACAAUGUCCAGUAAAUGGAGGAUGGUCAACUUGGACAUCAUGGACAAGCUGCCCGGAAACGUGCGAUGAUGAAACUUUAAAUCGUACCAGAUCAUGCUCAAAUCCGGCUUCUGAGAACAAUGGAACAGAUUGUCAGGGAAAUUAUAUAGAGUUCAUGUCUUGUCAAGCAGCACAAUGUCCAGUGAAUGGAGGAUGGACAACUUGGACAUCAUGGACAAGCUGUCCGGAAACGUGUAACGAUGAAACCUUAAAUCGUACCAGAUCAUGCUCAAAUCCGGCUUCUGAGAACAAUGGAACAGAUUGUCAGGGAAAUUAUAUAGAGUUCAUGUCUUGUCAAGCAGCACAAUGUCCAGUGAAUGGAGGAUGGACAACUUGGACAUCAUGGACAAGCUGUCCGGAAACGUGCAAUGGUGAAACUUUAAAUCGUACCAGAUCAUGUUCAAAACCAGCAUCUGAAAACAAUGGGACAGAAUGUCAAGGAAAUGAUAUAGAGUUCAUGUCAUGUCAAACAGCACAAUGUCCAGUUAAUGGUGGAUGGACCGGAUGGUCUGUCUGGAGUGAUUGUCCAGAAACUUGCACUGAUGAGGACCUUAUUAGGACUAGAUCCUGCACAAAUCCUUCUCCAGAAAAUAACGGAACAGUUUGCCAAGGAAACACAUCGGAAACAAUUUCAUGUUACACUGCAAAAUGUCCAGUGAAUGGAGGGUGGACAACUUGGACAUCAUGGACAAGCUGUCCGGAAACGUGCAAUGGUGAAACUUUAAAUCGUACCAGAUCCUGCUCAAAUCCAGCCUCUGAAAACAAUGGGACAGAAUGUCAAGGAAAUGAUAUAGAGUUCAUGUCGUGUCAAACAGCACAAUGUCCAGUAAAUGGAGGAUGGUCAACUUGGACAUCAUGGACAAGCUGCCCGGAAACGUGCGAUGAUGAAACUUUAAAUCGUACCAGAUCAUGCUCAAAUCCGGCUUCUGAGAACAAUGGAACAGAUUGUCAGGGAAAUUAUAUAGAGUUCAUGUCUUGUCAAGCAGCACAAUGUCCAGUGAAUGGAGGAUGGACAACUUGGACAUCAUGGACAAGCUGUCCGGAAACGUGUAACGAUGAAACCUUAAAUCGUACCAGAUCAUGCUCAAAUCCAGCCUCUGUAAACAAUGGGACAGAUUGCCAGGAAAAUGAUAUAGAGUUUAUGUCUUGUCAAGCAGCACAAUGUCCAGUGAAUGGAGGAUGGACAACUUGGACAUCAUGGACAAGCUGUCCGGAAACGUGCAAUGGUGAAACCUUAAGUCGUACCAGAUCCUGCUCAAACCCAGAGUCUGAAAACAAUGGGACAGAUUGCCAGGGAAAUGAUAUAGAGUAUAUUUCUUGUCAAGCAGCACAAUGUCCAGUGAAUGGACAAUGGUCAACUUGGACAUCAUGGACAAGUUGUCCGGAAACUUGUAAUGAUGAAUAUCUAAAUCGUACCAGAUCAUGCUCAAAUCCGGCUUCUGAGAACAAUGGAACCGAAUGCCAAGGAAAUGAUAUAGAGUUCAAGUCAUGUCAAACAGCACAAUGUCCAGUGAAUGGAAACUGGACAUCAUGGUCAUCUUGGAGUGAUUGUCCUGACAACUGCGACGGAGAGAUUUUGUCGAGAAGGAGAAAUUGUACAAACCCUAUGCCACAAAAUGGCGGGAAAUACUGCAUUGGAAAUGAAACAGACACGGCCUCAUGUGAAGCCCUUGGAUGUCCAUGCAUAGUUGAUGGAGGAUGGUCAUCGUGGUCAUCCUGGAGUGCUUGUCCAUACAGCUGUCACGGACACGUAUUGUUAAGGGAGAGAACUUGUACAAACCCUGUACCGACAAAUGGCGGGACAUAUUGCACUGGGAAUGAUACAGACACGACCUCGUGUGAAUCUCAAGGAUGUCCAUGCAAAGGCUAUAUUAACUUGGAUAUGGGAAGUGGCUUCACGAGAUUAAACCUCAACUGGAAACUGUUUGGAGUUCUAACUGCAGUAUUAUUUGUGUGGAGAUAAUGAUUUGUAUCUAAUGUUGGAUGUUUUUGGUGGUAAAACUGACAUUUGAAGAACAACCUAACCUGUAUAUUGACAUAUAUCACACAGGAACACAAUAAGCAUGUGUUGGCAAAUGUAAAUCCAAAAAGUGUUGAUGGAAACAUGUAAGACCGGAAGACACUUUUCUUUCGAUUCAUCAUUAUUGUAUCACAAUUGAAUAUUUUUCGAAAGUGUCAUGGAAGCAUUGCUAAUGUAUUUUUUUGGCCCCCAAACAAAAGAACUGGAACUUUUUUGUUAAUAAUCAUAUGCUUUAAGGAUGUUCGGUACUCUGUUUCAAAAUAACAAGCUUUUUAAAAGAAUGUUAUCAAUUGAUAGUAUAUAAAUACAGGGACUAAAAAAGUAGAAUAAAUGAAAGGUCCGUGUGCUUGUUAUUGGAGAUUUAAGUCAUUGAAAAUUUGGCGGGAAAUAAUUCUCUCUAGACUUUUCUUUCAUUUAAUAUUGGCACCCUUUUUCUUACAAAAAAUAUGAAAAAAUAACAAGUAUUUUAUAAGAUUUUCAAAUAUGGCUUUUUAAUUUAUAUAUGAUAAAAUAAUGAAAUGAAAUAGGGGUUAGCGGGGAACAUUUUUUAAUGGUACUAAAUGGAUAAAACCAGAGGAUUCCGAAUAUCUGGCAAAUUUAAAAAACAAGAGAAGCGAACAUCCUUAAAUCAUCAAAAUUUUAGACAGGUCUUAUGAACAAACAUAAACUCCUAUUACUGGUAGUUUUUUUUAGGGUUUUGAAAUUAUUGAAGAAAUUCAAAGUUUUAAUUGUUUAGCCAAAAUAUGCGUAACCUCUGCAUUUCUUUAUUUAUAGGUCAAACGCAGAGAAGUUUUAUAUUGUAAAUACAAUCACUAUAUUGCUGUACAUUUUGUUUUUUCAUCAUUCAUGUUUUAUUUUUAAAGGGGCUAUGUACUAGACAAAAAAAUAAAAGAUCGUGUUGACUUUAUUUUAUUAUUUCAAUCAUUUUUUAAAGCGGAAUGUAAAAUUUAUAUUUCACUUGUAGAAGUCGGUUUGGUCAAUUUCGUCAAAUUAAGCUAAAUUGAAACCUCGACCAAGGUAAUAUUGGGUUGAAAGUCAACAAUUUAUCCUCAUUUGAAUCCGUAUUUAUGUAACUUUUAUAUAACCUUCAUUGGACUUAGGUGCGUAUGUGUUCAGCAUGUGGUUCAUUCAUUAAAACGAAAAAAAAAUGUCAACACAGCCGAAUAAUGAAACAAGAGAGACAUGAUAUACAUAUGUUAUUAAUCUUUAACACGACAUUUACAGUAGUAAAUCAAACAGACCUAAAAUCUCGUCAAUAUACGACUGCACGAGCUUGAAGCUCUAUUUCUAUUUCUACUUUUAUAUCGGGUUAUAUGACUGUCGGUGGUCUUCGGAAGUCAUCCCCAUUACUCACGAAAUUCUGAUACAUAUAUCCAUCUGAUGAGUUAAGCCUUUUUCAACUGAUUUUUGUAGUUCGUUCUUAUGUUGUACUGUUACACCACUGUCACAGGUAAGGGGAAGGGUUGGGAUCCCGCUAACAUAAUUAAAGCCGUCACAUUCUGUAUGUAUGUGUCUGUCCCAAGUCAGGAGCCUGUAAAUCAGAGGAUGUCGUUUGUUGCUGUGUUAAAUAUUUGUUUUUCUUUCAUUUUUUUUUGUACAUAAAUUAGGCUGUUAGUUUUCUCGUUUAUUUUGAUUUACGAUAUUUCAUAUUUGUCAUUUCGGGCCAUUUUAUAGCUGACUAUGCGGUAUUGGCCUUGCUCAAUGUUGAAUGUCGUAUGGUGACCUAUAGUUGUUAAUUUCUUUGUCAUUUGGUCUCUUGAGAAAAGUUGUCUCAUUGACAAUAAUACUAUAUUUUCUUUUCCAUAUUUAUCUGUUCUUUUUAGACUUUUUGUAAUCUGAAUAUACGUUUAUCAAAUAUGAGAACUUGGGUCAAAUCGGUAAAUGUGAAAUUGACAGUUAAUGCUCAUUCUGUGUAUAUACAUGUACAAGGUGUUUUUGUUGUUCUGUACAUAUUGGCUUCUGUAAAAAAAAAUGUAUCUGUUAUAAUUGUUUUGUAUAUUUGUAUGCAUAUAAAAAUAUGUACAUUUAAUAAUGAAUUGAAUUAUAUACACCGGUUAGCUCAUUGAUAAUUAGCUAUCUCGACAUUUAACAAGGCAUAAUGUACUAAAAUACUUUUAGUUUUAUAUUGUAUUAUUUUAAAUUUCAUUGUUCAAUUUUGAGAAUACAAAUAAAAUGUAUGCAGUUGGCGCAUAAACCAACUUUGUUCUGCAGCUCAUGGAGUGCAUUUAUUUUCCACUCUCUCUUAAACCCAUUAGAGAAUGGUUAAUUUAUUCCCCCUGUCUCUAAAACCCAUUAGAGAAUGGUUCAUUCAUGCCCCCUCUCUCUAAAACCAUUUACAGAAUGGUUCAUUUAUUCCCCCUGUCUCUAAAAUCCAUUAGAGAAUGGUUCAUCCAUUCCCCCUCUCUCUAAAACCCAUUAGAGAAUGGUUCAUUUAUUCUCCCCUCUCUCUAAAACCCAUUAGAGAAUGGUUCAUACUAUUCAUUAAUGAAGAGCGGCAAAUGAACUUUUUUUAUUGUUGUCUUUAUUCAUAUAUGUUUGUCUUUUGUGCUUUGCUUUCUUUGUCUGCUUUGUAAGGUUUUGUAUCUAUUAAUUUGUGUAUUUGCCUUGAUUAUGUAUGUAAUCUGUUUAUACUUAUAUCUGUCCAAUUGACAAAUAAAUGAUUAACAUGC